GCCAGGAGUGAGGAAACCUUAUCUCUCCUGCUUUUCCAGCUGUUCUCUUUGUGCUCUCUCUCUCUCUUUUUUUUUUACUCCCAGGAUGAUUUUAUAAAGCAUUUUUGUUUUUCUUUUUAAAGCAAGAAAACAGACGUGACAAAUCUCCACAUCCGACCUGGUGUGUCGCCGCGUUUCAUCACGAUUGGUCAAAGAUGCGGGAAGAGGCUCCCGUCGCGUCGAUGCUAUUUUCCAUUACAAAUACAAAGACGUACUCGAUGAACGACGUCGGACACAUGACAGGCGACAGCAGCCUGGCUCGGUGAAGAGGAAGAGGAGGACGAGAGGGGGAAGGUGGGGGGGGGCUCGACAUCGACUGAUGGACGCAAAGCAACCACGAGUUUGUGCAAUAAUCUGCGCCUAAUUAUUGUUCGUGGCGGCUGAUCGGGGAGCUGUUUUUGCCCAGUUCUUUCUGACGUCCGUCCGUCCGUCCGUCCGUCCAUCCAUCCAUCCAUCCAUCCAUCCAUCCAUCCAUCGAUCCAUCCAUCCCGGAGCUGUAAGGCCUACAUAGCCCCGCAUUAUCUCUGGACAUGAAACCCGUGGGAAUUAUGAUACCGACGUGACGCACAGUCACAUACGCACGCACACACACACCCACACGCGCGCGCGCACACACACACACGCACCACAGCGCGGCGGGGAAGACAUCGAGGGUGUGCGGUCCACACUGAUCACAGGAAGGGAGGACGCCCAGUUGUUGUUUGACAAAUCGCGCUAAUGACUGUUGUUUAGAGCCAAGCGGAUUGGGCCCAACACAUUUUUUAUUUUUUUAUUUUUUAUUUUUUAUUUUUAUUAUUUUAAUGCACUGGAGGCAGCGGAGCGGGAGGCGAGCAGGAGAGUACAGCGGGUGAGGGAGCGGAGGAACGGGAUGCGGGAGACGCAGUGAGCGCGGAGGAGGAGGAAGAAGAAGCAGAAGAAGAAGAAGAAGAAGAAGAGGGGAACCAGGAGGAUUGACGCGUCUCAAAUUGCAGCUGCUGGUGUGAAGUCCCAGCUCUUCCUGCCCAGCAUGGCCGUGUCCCUGUGGUGCAUGGCAGUGGGUGUUCUCACCCUGGCUCAAGUCGCCCCCUCUGGCCAAGCCAUGUCUCGGGCCGCCAUGCCGUUCGGGCUGCUGCGCAGGGAGUUGGCGUGCGAGGGCUACCCCAUAGAGCUGCGCUGCCCAGGAAGUGAUGUUGUGAUGGUGGAGACAGCCAAUUAUGGACGCACCGACGACAAGAUCUGUGACGCAGACCCCUUCCAGAUGGAGAACACACAGUGUUACCUUCCUGAUGCCCUAAAGAUCAUGUCCCAGAGAUGUAACAACCGGACUCAGUGUGUGGUGGUCGCCGGGGUCGACGUCUUCCCAGACCCCUGCCCCGGAACGUACAAGUACCUGGAGAUCCAGUACGAGUGCGUCCCUUACAAAGUGGACCAAAAAGUUUUCGUGUGCCCCGGCUCGCUUCUCAGCAUCCAGCCGGACUCCUCGCUCCUGGAGGCGGAGCAUCAGUCCGGCGCCUGGUGCAAAGACCCCCUGCAGGCCGGAGACAGGCUGUACGUCAUGCCGUGGACGCCGUACAGAACGGAGGUCCUGUACGAGUACGCCUCGUGGGACGACCUCCGACAGAACAGAGUCACCACCACCUACAAGUUGCCGAGUCGUGUGGACGGCACGGGCUUCGUGGUGUACGACGGAGCUGUGUUUUACAACAAGGAGCGAACUCGCAAUCUGGUCAAAUACGACCUGCGCACUCGCAUCAAGAGCGGCGAGGCGGUGGUUGUCAACGCCAAUUACCACGACACCUCUCCUUACCGCUGGGGAGGGAAGUCGGACAUCGAUCUGGCGGUGGACGAGAACGGGCUGUGGGUCAUCUACUCCACAGAAGCCAAUAACGGGCGCAUCGUGGUCAGCCAGGUGAACCCGUACACGCUGCGCUUCGAGGGCACCUGGGCGACGGGCUUCGACAAACGCGGCGCCAGCAACGCCUUCAUGGCCUGCGGCGUGCUCUACGCGGUGCGCUCCGUUUUCCAGGACGACGAGGGCCAGGCGGACGGCCGCGCCAGCAGCAACAUGGUGGUGUACGCCUACGACACCAGUCGGGGUCAGGAGCUGCCCGUCCAGAUACCGUUCCCCAACCCGUACCAGUACAUCUCCUCCAUCGACUACAAUCCCAGAGACAACCAGCUGUACGUGUGGAACAACUACUACAUGCUGCGCUACCCUCUGAGUUUCACACCGCCACCACCAACUAAAGGUCCCCUGUCCUCUCUGAUGACCACUGUGCGGUCCUACACGGCCACAGUCGCUCUAACCCCGGUGCGCCCGUCGGCCUCGCACCCGAUCGGCGUCAUCAACAGGGGUCCGAUCACAGCCAUGGUCCCGCUGACCCCACGGCCUCCGCUGCGGGUCCCGCUGGCCCCCGGCGGGCCCGGUCAGGUGGGCGGAUGCGAGGGCCGCGUUGCGCGAGGAGUUCAGUGGCCUCCGACUCUGAAGGGAGAGACGGUCGAGCGGCCCUGCCCUAAGGGGUCUCUGGGAAUCGCCUCCUAUCAGUGUAUGUCGUCUCCGGUGGGCUGGAACUCCCAAGGGCCUGACCUUUCCAACUGCACCUCUCCCUGGGUCAGCCAAAUCGCUCAGAAGAUCAAGAGCGGAGAAAACGCGGCCAACAUCGCCGGGGAGCUGGUCAACCUGACCCGGGGCCGGAUCUACGCCGGUGACAUCAGCAUGUCGGUGCGGCUGAUUGAGCAGCUCUUGGACAUCCUGGACUCUCAGCUGCAGGCCCUGAGACCAGCCAACAAAGAGUCAGCCGCACGCAACUACAACAAGCUGCAGAAGAGAGAGCGAACGUGCAAAGCAUAUGUUCAGGCUGUGGUUCAGAUAGCCGAUAACCUGCUGGGUCCUGAAGCCCUGGUGUCCUGGGCAGACAUGAGCAACCUGGACCAGUCCCGCUCUGCAUCGCUGCUGUUGGACGCCGUCGAGAAAGGAGCGUUUCUGUUGGCGAACAAUCUCUACGAGGGCCGUUUCAGUGACAGAGCGCCUAAUGUCGAUCUGGAAGUGUAUGUACUAAAUACUGAGGCUGACAUACAGGACUUGACAUUUCCACACUUGUAUGACAGCGACAGCAUCCUGCAGAUAUCGGCGCAGGCUCUGCAGCAGUACAGCAACAACGGUCAGGUGAAGUUGGUCCUUUCCCUCUUCAAGAACCUGGGCCCCUUCCUCACCACCCAGAACUCAACUUUGCGUCUGGGACUGGGACUUGCCCAAGGCCAAGAGCCCCGGCGCAGGAGCCUGGUGGUCAACUCCCACGUCAUCUCUGCCUCUGUGCACAGAGGCACCAACCGGGUGUACCUCACAGCGCCGGUGAUCUUCACUCUCAGACAUCUCCAGCUGGAAAAUCACUUUGGUCCCAACUGUUCUUUCUGGAACGCUUCGGGGGUUUCUGGCAGCGGCAGGUGGUCCACGCAGGGCUGCCGCCUGCUGCACACCAACAACACGCACACGACUUGUGCGUGCAACCAUCUGUCCAGCUACGCGGUCCUCAUGACUUACCAGCAACCAGUUUUCGGCGCCGGUGUGGAGGAGCUUCUGGUCUACGUGGUUUCCUGGGUCGGCAUCGCCGUUGCUCUUGUGUGUUUGGCUACCUGCCUUAUCACCCUCUGCUGCCAGGGGGCGCCGUGGCACACUGACCACAGCACCAUUCACUGCAACCUGUGGGCCAACCUGCUCAUCACAGAACUUAUCUUCCUAAUCGGUGCCAACAAGACUAAGUACACGGUCCUCUGCUCCAUCACCGCUGGCCUGCUGCACUUUUCGCUGCUUUCUGUGUUCUGCUGGUUGUGCCUGGAGGCAGUGGAGCUGUACCUUCUGCAGAGGGAAGUGUUCGAGGGACGCAACUCCAGGAGGAAGUAUUUUUACCUCUGUGGGUACUCUGUGCCCGGGCUGGUGGUGGCCGUGUCGGCGGCCAUCGACUUCAGAGGAUACGGCUCAAAAACGGCGUGCUGGCUGCGCACUGACAACUACUUCAUCUGGAGUUUCCUCGGACCUGUGGCUGUCAUCAUUACGUUGAACCUGGUUGUCUUGGUGAUGACCCUACACAAGAUGCACAGCACGGCUGCACUCAAGCCCGACUCCAGUCGCCACGACAACCUCCGGGCCUGGGCCGUGGGCUCCCUGACUCUCCUCUUCCUGCUGAGCGUCACCUGGUCCUCAGGCUUGAUGUUCCUGUCGGGCCCGUCUCUCCUGCUGGCUUACCUCUUCACCUCCCUCAACACAGCCCAGGCCCUCCUCAUCACCAUCCUGCACUGCACGCUCGCCAGAAAGGGUCAGAAGGAUUACGGCCGAUGCCUGCGCCUCUCCCAGUGCUGCGCCACGUCCUCCUCCAGCUCUCCGGACUCGGUGAAAGGCGCGGCGCUUCGCUCCAACAGCCGCUACACCAGCAGCCAGAGCCGGAGAGCUACGGCGAACAGACAGAGCCGCAUCAGGAGGAUGUGGAACGACACGGUUCGCAGGCAGACCGAGUCCUCCUUCAUCGCCGCAGAUGUUAACAACACUCCGACUCUUAACAGAGCUGCUUUGGGAAACCAUUUCCUGACGAACCAAAUGCUGCAGACUCAUGCUGGAGCUUCUCCCUAUGACACGAUGCUGGCGCAGGGAUACAAUCAGCCCUUCACCGCCACUGGAACCUUCAGAAACAAACAGAAGGGUGGAGUGUCACAGAGCCAGGAAUCCUGCGCGUUGGACAGUGUUUGUCUCAAUGGAGGCUACACCCCCAACACCUUCACCCUCCAUGGUCUGGGUACAACGCCCGGGUCCCGAGCGGGAGUAGUGGGCAGCGCUGACCUCCUCAGGGAGGGGGGUGUUGGGCUUGGAGGUGAUGACGUCUCGCCGGGGCUCCUCACGCCGCACAGCUCGACAGAUCUCAACAGCGGAGCCGGAAUUCGUCGUAAUCUGUCCGACGCGGCGGCUCUGGAGAAGAUGAUCAUCUCGGAGCUGGUGCAGAGCAACCUGCGCCCCUCCGUUCCCAUGCCCGUUCCGCCCGAGCGCUAUGGGAGCCUGGCGAGGCCGCAUCACCACGAGAGGCCAGCUCUUACUCACACCGCUACGUUAACCCGCCACCCGCCGCCCUCGCAAGAGGGCUGGUCUGCCACGGUGCAGCCGAGCUCCCGGCAGAACACGCAAGAGGGCUGGGCGCAUGCAAGGCCGCCCACACAGGACGCCGAGGCAAACGCUGCCACACGGGGUCAAGAGCAUGGCACCACGCCUCGCUUACAAGACGGCUGGUCGCACGGACGCAUUUCUGGAGAUUCCGACACCCAGGAGUUACUCAAAGACGGAGACCACUCACAGCUGCAAGGUACUCUGGGCAGGCGUGGACACCAGGAAAGGCAGCCGGCUCGACCACCAGAUGUCCAAGCUCGGCCUUACGCCACCCUAAGCCGCACCCCGGGUACCUUGUCCCGCCACCGCAGCACGGUGGAGUCUACUGGAGGGACAGAACGGGACAGAGAGCGAGACAGGGAUCGCUACCGAGACAGACCUCUCCCUCCACCUCCGCCCCCACCGCCACAGGAGCCAGAGUCACUGUACAAGGCUCUGGAAGAGCCACUGCUUAUGAAGCAGAGAGAAGCGGUUGUAGAGGCGUGGAGAGGUGGCCAGGACAGGGAAAAGGAGGAGACAUUUCUGCUGAAAAGAGACGGAAUGUCUGACGACUGGAGAGGAGGAACUGAGAGGGGACGAGACGAGUCUUUUACCUCUCAUAAGCGAGAUGGCACGAUGGAUGAGUGGAGGGCCGGCAUCGAGAGAGGCAGGGAGGAAACUAAAAUGCUUGAGAAGCGAGACGGACGACUCGAGCUGUGGCGAGCAGGGGAGACGGAGCAGGGGGAGACUUUUAUCACUCAGAAGAAAGACUUUGGUAUGGACGGUUGGAGAAGUGAGGUAGAAAGCGAGUCAGACGAAUCAUUUUUCCUGAAGGACAGAGAUGGGUGGAGGGCAGGAAUUGAACGAGAGAAUGAGAAACAGAAGGACAGAGCGCUGGAUGUUUGGAGAGGCGGGAUAGAUUUGGACAGGGAGGAGUCUUUCUCAUUCGAAAACAAAGAUGGAGGCCUAGACGGGAGGAUCAGAGGGAAAGACAGAGGGUCUCUGCGGUAUCAUGGUGAGCGACAGGAUUCAGACAGCUUCACCCUACCUUUAACGCCUGAUCUCGACUUGGAUCCAGACUCCUCGCCCAUCUACACACGGGAUUCGAACCCUUCCCCUCUAUACCUCGGAGACCGCCGCUCGCCGCCGCUGAACAUCUUCUCCCGAAACUCUCCGCCGACAAACAUCUUUGCGCCACGAGAAGACAACUCGCCGCCGGGUAAACUCUACUCCCGCCACUCUCCGCUGGUGUACAGCCGCAGCGGCUCCCCUCCCCGCUUUUACGCCCGCACCUCUCCGCCGACUCACAUGUACCCAGACACCAGCCCCGAAGGCCCAGAAGAAGUCAGCCCUACCAGUGGGCAUCAGCCCCAGCGGCCCACUCUGGAGCUGCCCUACAGCCUGGGGCGCCCGCCGUUAGGCCCACGGCCCAAUCACUUGCAGACCUUCUACCAGCCCCCGCCGCUAGCUUCAAACGGAGAGACAGGGUACGCGGCAGAGCCCACUUCUGAGGGAGACGACGGACAGAUGCAGCGGGUGACGAGCCUGUGACUAGGGCGGUGGUGAUUGGGGUAUAGAUACCAGGGAGGAGAAGGAGGAAAUGGAGAAUGGUGACAAUUUCAACAAAGUGAAGACCAAAAAGAUGGAAACUAAGAUUAUGCUUUAAAAAAAAUAACAAUGUUGGACUUCUUUAACAAUUCUGGCAUUUUACAUGAUGGCUCCUCCCUGCUUCUACGCCCCAAUCACCACGAGAUUCCCCCCCACCCCCAUUUCCCCGUGUUUUCUUACUUUUGUACGACUGUGAUCCAUUUAUAGCUGCUUCUCCUCCUGCUGCUCCCCUCUUCCGUCUUUCCCGAAACUCCCUUGUGUCUUCCCAUAUCAUCGGUGCUUUCCUCAAUCCGUCCUCGUCGCCUAGGUUUUGCUUCAUUGGCUGGGUGUUGCCCCUCCCUGUAGCAAACAGUGUGUCAAAGAAGCACUUGUGUGUUGCCAAAAACAAAACAAAAAAAGAAAAAAAGAAAGAAAUCCUUUCAAAGAACUCGUGCAUGACUUUAUAGUGGCUUUGCAAGGCUACAUACUGUAGGAGGAUGCGCUGACGCGUACAUGCGAGUGAGUGUGCAUAGCUUGAUGAGCAUGUGUGUCUGUAAGGAUGGGUAUAUGUGCGUAUGACAGAGAAAGUAUGUGUAUAUAUUACAUUAUUGUAUAUUUAGUGUAUCACAUUGAAGCAUUUUAUCAAUACCGACUGGAGGAGCUGUCCGUCUCUCUCCUCCUCCUGAUUUUGACUCGACCCAUUUCACAUCAAGACCAAAAAACUUUUGUUCCCCCCAGAGCUGCCACGAACUGCCCCGUGGGAGGAACUCGCUGACCGCAGAGCUGGAGAUUGUGUAAAACCUCAGAGAUUUUCUGCAAAUCCCCUCCUGAGAUCCUUGUACAUAUCGACCUCAAGUGUUCUGAUUGUCUUGUAUUGCUAUUGAAGUUCAAGUAAACAUGUGAAAUAAAUGUUCCUGUUUUUCUGCUUGUGUGCACAAAGAGAGAUGGAGGCAUUCAGAGAAACGAUCGAAAUUUUUGUUAAUAAUUAAUCGAGGAUCAUUUUUAAAAAAAUGAUGCCGAAGUUCUUUUCAGAAACCCUGGAUAGCACAUGACGAAUUAGAAAAUAUAGUUAUGUACAUUUUAGAGUGGAUAAAUAAAUGCUACUUUAUACAUCUACUGUGGAAUCUGGGUCGAUUUGCCCCUUUGCCAAUUUAUGCCUUGAUUUCAUCUGUGCAUGUUGCCAGUUUCUACCUGUAAAGCGAACAUGUAUUAUCCAUCUGUCUGCCCGUUUUAUAUCACUUUGUCUCUUGGUAGUUAAAGUGAUAGUUCAUAAUGACUGGAGUGUGGUUCUGUUAUGAGGCUGAUAUCUUACCUGCAGUCUGUAAUUUAGCUUAAAUCCGGUUGGACCCAGGGCCUAACGCCGACACCAUGUCCAAAAGGAUCCAAGGCCAAAAUGGACUCCAGCCCCUGUUUCAGAAACGGUGCAGAAGUUUAUGUAUAAACUGUAGUUGUGUUUGCAUCGAGAGUUUAUUUACAAAGAAGUCAAAAGAGUAUAUACCCGGGAAAUGGAGGUAGGGGUGGAAAUUUGGGAUUUCUAUGUGAAACAGAUUUUAGGUGUGCAUUCACACCAGUCCUUUUUAGUCCGUUAAACUCUAGUUUGUUUGUCUAGAAAACCCAGUUUGUUUGGAGAGGCAUGAAUGUGCAAUUGAACUCUGGUUCGCCUACAAACUGAGGUUUCAUUUUGAUAAAUGUGAACUCUGGUGCAGUUUGAAUGCACAUGUAGACGUAAACAAACUGGAGACCGCCCCAAAGGCGGGAAGCGGACUGUGCAUUCUGGGUAAACACAGCAUAAACAAACGCAUAAGCCUAGCGCUAGCGUAAGAAAAGGCUUGUGGUCUCCCACCAAAGACAAAAGAGAAAUACUGCAGCUGCUAAAACUUCGCUUUUGUUUACAUUUUGAGAAGAAGGAAGUUGUGCUUGUCGUCUUGUUCAGAGACUUUCGUUUUGUUUCCUUCAGUAGUUCUUGGCGCAGCGCCACCACAGGUGAGGAGGUGAACAAGAUUUUCAAAAGUUUUUGGUUUGUUUGAGACACUGUAGCGUUAAAGCCGCCUGCAUCAGCUGAAAAUGUAACAAAUGUUGCCAUUUUAGUCCCCAGUCCAGCCCAUAACCUGGUGAUGGAGUCUACCAGGGUAUCAGAUGCUAAAGCACUUCUGGUCAGAGUUACUAUCUGAUAGAACAACAUGGCAAUGAUGAAUAAACUGUAUUUUUGGUUAUCACUCCUCUUUAUCAGGCAAGAAACAGGAUAUUUCACUCAGAAAUAUUUCACACAGGCGGAUCAUUAUUAGUGUACGGCUUCUUCUACGUUGAUUGCUGCAGAGUUUCCUGUGUAACAAUCAGCCAUUUCUCUGCAUAUAUCUACUGAAUGCAAAGGGCCUAAAUGAUCUUUAAAGUGGUGUUUGCAUAAAUCGCUCUCGUGUUCUUAAUGUGUUCUGAGACGACAGACGUCUUUGGUCUCUGCCUUUCUCUGACCAGCUGUUAGCUUAAUCUUUGUGAUCAGAUAAUCUGGAUUUAUACUAAAUGAUAGUAAUCUGACACAGGUAAGACAUUAACCCCUUAGAGCAUCUUUUUGAGAGAUGAAUAGUGAUUAAAUUGGACAAAUCUUACCUACUUAAUUUAUUGUACAUUAUUUUUUUUGUAAAGAUUUUAUAUUAUUCUUUAUAUUAUACCCUAAUUUCAUUCAUUGUGUGUCUGGUUCUCAUUCGGACCAAGUGACCCAUGAAAUAUGACAGUAUGACUCCUUAUCAAAUCAAAAAUAAUUAUGACUGUAAGAUAUUAAUGACCAAACUGAGGGCAAAGGUCACCAAGGCAGAUACAAACUGAUGGUCGGUACGAAGCGUUCAAUGACACGCUGCUCUUUUACCGACCCAAAAUAUCUGAUCAACUGAAACAUAAAACCAGAAAAGUAUGAAAUGGUGAAUGGGUCUCAUGGCUGACAGUCUCUGCUGUGUGGCAUUCAGGACUCUGACAUGUUGCAACAUCUCUGUACAAAACAGAUGAAACGGCUGCAAAACAGUGCAAAAGUCUUAGGUCAUCCUGUAUUUCCACUCUUUGACUCUAAUGAAAAGUCACUUCUUCAGGCUUUCCUCAAGUCUUUUCAAAAUUUUCUUUGGAGUUCACUUGUUUCCUGUGCAGUGCUGGUACCUGAUUUUUUAUUUUUUAUUUUUUUUAGAAAAUAAAGGAAUGGGAACAUCUGAGUUCCUGUGACUCCAGUAGCAAAGUGAAAACGUUUCAUCACUUGUUCUUUGCUACAAAACCGGUUUCGCCCUUGAAGUUUGAAAGCUUUUUUGGUGCAGAGGUCAAACAAAUAUCCUUUUAAAUGUUGACAGAUAUCAGGGCUGUUAAUCUGUGAAAAAGAAAAUAUUUAAAAGACCUGAAGAAAUAGAAAGAAAUAUUGAUUAGAGCCACUUUUUAUUGAAGAAUUGAGGGAUAACUUAAUGACUUUUGCACCAAACUGUACAGAAACCAAGAGAUUAAAAAAAAAGAAAAUUGUUGCUGAAAA